AUGUCUUAUGAAAAAGCUAGCCUUAUCACCGCGCCUUCAGAACUACUUAUACCCUUGGAAGAACUAAAAACACCCGGACCACCAAAUUUAUCCAAACUCCCGACAGAGGUUUUAGGCUUGAUCUUCGAGAGGGUAGUAGAACCCUUGGAGGCCACCCAACAUUCUGCACAUCCUCGACGACAUAAUUCCACCCAAAUUCUAAAUAUUUGUUUAACAUGCAAGCGGUUUUACAAAAUUGCUGGGCGCCAUCUUUACCAACUUUGUGUGGUUAAUUAUCUCAGGAAGAAAGAGAUACCCGCGAAUUCAGACCCAUGGAAGAAGAGAAAGCCUAGUUACUCGGUAUUUAUAUCUCCGCAGGAUGUAAAGCCCGAACAUUGGGAAAAGGAUUAUUCUGCCAAUUUUUUGAAGUCCGGGGGUUGUGUAAGAGCCCUUCAAAUCGGCUCCGCAGAAUCCCUCUUCACUUACCCGCCCGGUUCCAUUCGAACUCAUCACCGAAUAACCACUUUAAAAUCCGUACUCAAACGUCUCGUCCCAGGAUUCACCCAUUUAACAAAUCUAACCCUCGACCGAUCCUCCAUCGACUACGCCCCUCCCCUUGACGACUUCUUCCGCUCCAUUCACCUUAUCUUCACAAAAUGUCCAACCCUAGAAACACUUUCCCUCUCAAUCUCCUACUGCCAGCACGAAUCCUCCAUCUCUUCCAAACUCCUCUCAAAUUCCCUAGCCCGUGGUCAAAAACCAUAUUUACCCUUUCCAGCCCUAAAGGAAAUAUCCAUAAACAUCCUCCAUAAAACGAAUUACCUCCCAAAGAAGCAAACGGUCCGCCACUGGCCACUGGAACUCCUCGGGGCAAUGUUAAACCUCUCGUCUAGAAGUGUUACAAAAUUAACUUUUUCUUGUACUACGAGUUAUCCGCCUGAUGUACUGGUGGAGAAAAAAAAAUGUGUGCCGUUGAGUUAUAUAUUUAACAACGAUUUGGUACCGGAUUAUGCAGAUUUUAUGGUCAAGACUAAGAAGUGGGAUCUGCCUAGUGUUAACCAUCUGGUAUUUGAUAUGGAUCUAGAUAGUUUGAAGGUUUUUGAUAGAUAUUUCGGGGUUACGUUGGCGAAUGUGAUGAAGGUUGAGUUUAAUGUUAGGAAAAACGAUAGGUGGCAGAAAGUCAUAAGAGAAAUAAACCUCGGAAGUUUCCCAGCCCUCGAGGAUCUCAUAAUCAACAGUUACGCCGAUGACAAAGAAACCGGAAGAAUCAUUCACUGUCUAGACCGAGAAGCCAACCUGAGUUAUUGCGACCGUCUUAAAGUUACAGACGUGGUGGUUUGCUCUGAUGUUCCUUAUAUUGCCGAUUGUCAAGUAUUUUGGGACAAUCUCAAGAAGGGAUAUGGUCCCUGUGUUUCGUCCUUAGUCGGGAGCUGUAGAUCUCAGGAUCCUCCAUGGAAGGUGGUCUUUUAG